CUCUUUCCCCAGCUACGGCAAAAUUAAGCGAACUCUCAAGUUUCUCCCCCAGAACCCAAAAUCCCAUACUGUAUCUAAUCGACAAACAACCUCCAGUCUUCCAAUCCCAAAUCCAAAAAUCUGAUCAGAAUACCACUUACCAACCAUCUACCUCCCCAACCUCACAAUAUCUUUACAAUCCAGUUUCCCCUCCAAAAUCAAGGAACCUUCACGGGCAGCCAUCCCGAAGGAUUCGCAUCCCUCGCGGUCGUGGCUUGAGGCUGACCCCAAACAAUUGGCCACGCCAGGGAUUCAACAUGCACACAGCCUUGCUCAUCCCCAUCCCCAUCCCCAUCCACACUGCGCGAGAUUAGAUUGGAAAAUCCAGCGCCCGCCACCAGCAGCCGUUGAGGAGGAGCUUGAGUUCGAGAUUCUGCCUCGGGAUGGCGCAGCCAGCCAUGGGGUACUUUUGUUUGGGUGUGGUUUUCCUCGCGACGACAGCUGCACUUCUUCUUCUCGACUUUUUGGAGAUUUUUGUGUGAUUGAGAUGUGUUUUGGGGAUUUGAAUUGACGGAAUAAUACGGUAGGAUCAGGAUGGAACCGAUGGUUACGAAUGCGCCCGUGUGGGAGUUUGGCAAGAGGCAGAAUGGGAAUCGGUUCAUUGGAUAUACGAGUUCAGGGACGGAUUGGCUACCGAUAGCUUGUCCUACUCUGCAGACUGUCACGGAAUCUGGGACGUUCUUUGCAUGUGCUGUCUCUGCACCUACGAGUAGUAGUUUUGGGAUUGCGACGACUUGUACGAGGGGGAGUGAGUUACCGAAUCCGGCUGGGAUUUUUACUUGCCCCGGGCCUUGCUGCUCAAAUACACUCUACGCCAGCCGCGGCGACACAGUACCAUAUCACGCCUAUGCAUGCGGAACCUGCGUCUCAACACUAUUCAGAGAUAUCCCAAAUGACGAAACAACUUCUUCAACACCAGCAGUCGACCCCCUAACAACAACCAGCACCACCUCCACAACCCCCUCAUCCUCCAACCCAAACGGAAGUCUCUACUCCAAAGGCGGUCUCGGCUCACCUUCAUCCUCCUCCACCUCAUCCACCUCGUCACCACCUCUCUCCACCUCCCCCACCUCUCAAACAUCCUCCUCAUCCAAAUCAGCAAGCAAAGCCUGGAUAGCAGGCGCUGUAAUCGGGCCUCUCGUCGCAGGAGCAAUUAUUGCCGCUCUAGCGUUUUGGAUUUGGAAAUUGAAGAGGAGGGGUGUGGUAGAGAGGGAGAGGGUAGUGGUUGUGCCGGGUGAUGCGGGUGGGAAGGUGGAGUUGGAUAAUGAUAAUGCUUAUACGGGAGCUGGAGGUGGAGGAGCGGCUGGAAGAGGUGGGUAUGGCGGAGGGAUGACCAAUGUGGCGGAGGUGGGUGGGCAGGGUGUUGUGGAGGCGGAUGGUGGACAGAGAUAUGGAGAAGGAGCUGUGGAACUCCCUGGGUGGAGGGGUGGUGCAAGAUGAUUAAUGGAAUCCAAUGAAAAGAAAAGAAAUGAAAGGAAGACGUGCCGGGGUGCGGAGGGAUGUGAUGUGUAAAUGAGAGUGUAAGUGCCACAAGUACUUUUCAGUGCUUUCAUGAGACGAGGAGUAUAUAUAUAAUAGCACGCAAUAUGACUAUAAAUCUCCAGCAAGCG